CGAAACCUGGCGCAGCUGACUGACUUCGAGCACUUGUUGGGCACAGUCGUGUUGCUUAGCUGUUUCGAUUAGGACGUGUUGUUCGCUUGAGCUCACGUUACAGUUACAGUGACGCGCAAUAACAAGAGCAACAUGGAGUUUUCAACACAGCGUCAAAGCUUAUACUGGCUUCUGGGAUUAUGUCUUUUCUUAUUCAAAACAGGAUGUAUUGAUGCUCAAAGCAAACGCGCUUCACGCCUAACCAAUUCACGCAGCUUUGGAACCAAUGUUAAGCCAACCAGCACAAAUGGUAUUAACUUUGAUUGUCCCGAAGAAUUCGGAUACUACCCGCACCCAACUGACUGCACACAAUAUUAUGUCUGUGUAUUCGGUGGCGCACUCCUGGAAAGCUGCACUGGGGGUCUUAUGUAUUCACAUGAGCUGCAGACCUGCGACUGGCCCCGAAACGUGGGUUGUGAAUUAGUGGAUAGUGGGACGUCAGCGAGCUCGACAGAUGUUGGUAGCGCCCCACGUAACAAAGUACAGCAGCAGCAGCAGCAACAUCAACAACACGUUCCUAGCCGCAUUCGUUUUGGAGCCGCAUUUACUAGCCCAGGCUCGACCCAAAAGGCAGCCACAGUGCCACCACAAUAUCAUCGCUCGCCGCCACAGAUAAUUCAGGCACAAGUUCAGCAUAUACCACCGCCACCAGAAUUGCGUGUGCCGCCAAAUCCUAUAGUCACGUCUCGUGGGCAACCGAAGACGCUUUUGGAGUCUCAAGAAGAAAUAGCCAAGCUCUACACCGAGGCAGAGGAAUCACUACCACCCGUUGAGGAGGAGGAAAGCGAUCGACAACAGCGUGUUUAUCGUGGCCAACCGAGUACUGUUAGCCAAGUUCAACGGGAUCGCGACGGCAUAAUACACCAGGCCAGCAUAAAUGCCAUACCAAAUCAUGGGAAAAUUGGGUCAUAUACUUUUGGCUCUGCUUACAGCGAAAGCUUGAACAACGACAUAACAAUUGAACCUGAACUGCCACAUAAUCGACUUGAUCUAGACAGGAGACGCAAACGACGCAGUGUUAUUGGACUAGCGAUAACUACGCCAGCGGAAAUCCAAAACGAUUCAAAUAUUUCUAGUGAGGUUAUGGAGUCAGACAGCACCACUAACACUAAUUUGGGCAGUGACUCAAAUAACUCUCAAGAACAUUUCGAUGAGGCUGCCCCAACUAUAAAUCACGUACAAAAAUUUUCAUCGAAAUAUAGAAUAAAAAACCAUGAUUACAACCAAAAAGAAAUUGAGUUCGGUGACGAAGACGAAGACGCAUACUCUGAUUAUGAACAAUUAAAUGAUGAUAGGAAUGAUACUGACAUUGCAGAAUCAAAGCGACGACCUCGUCAGUUAAGACCUUUUUCGCAUGCUUCUCUAAAAUGGCCAACGAAUAACUAUCGAUCCAUUGACUCCCCAUCUGCGCAUCAAUUGAAUACACAGAAAAAUGGUUAUACAUUUGGUCACUACAAUCCGUACCUUACUCCGCCCAAUCAACAAACGUCUCCCAACCACAAUUAUAACGAAUUAAGCCAGAACCUUGGCUAUAAGGCUUACCCACAGCAGCAGCAUCAGCAUCAGCAACAACAACAACAACAACAACAUCAGCAGCAAGCCCCGAACUACCCAUACGCUCAAAUACCAACAUUAGUGUAUACAGGCUAUAACUUGUCAUUGCCACCGCCUCCGAUAGAAGAUGACUUUCGACCCAUUCCUGGCAACUACUAUGGUGCAGCUAGCUCAUCUAGUUCGAGACCAUCAGUAGGUUAUCAGGAGCAAUCGCAAAAUAGCGAUUUGCUGCCCUACCUAAUACAACAGCUGAAAGAACUAAAAGAACGUCGUAAGCAAAUUCAAACUGAAAAUUUUGCCUACUUUCACUUGGACAAUCAACCUAUAGCCCCUACUCAGUUAGCAGUGCACACAACGACUCCAAGAACAUCUAUAGAGUAUUAUUCCACACCUAAACCACCGCAACAAGUAACUCCGAUAGGUCACUAUGCCCAGUACAGUACAAUGGGUGGAUUUUAUAACAACAACAACAACAAUAAUAAAGCAGAGCAGGCGCCAAACCAUUCAAGCUAUCCGGUCAAACUUAUAUCUCAGUAUAGCAUUGGCCAAGGCCAAGAGCUGCAAAGUACUACAGAAAGCAAUUAUUUUCAGUAUAAUAUAAUUGCAAAUCAAAAGAUGAAAGGUGUUUACAAUACGGCCAAGCUGAAUCAAAUAGAGCAUGCUGCGGUCAAGGUGCGACCACCAGUCACCCCACUGCAAGUCACUCCAAACUUUAACAUUGUUUCAGCGCCCGAUUUGUCUAACAACAAGCAGGUUAAUCUCCAUCCAAUACCGUUUCGGAACAUCUCAAAUCUUCCAGUGGGUAUCACUUAUGCGUCCAAUACAACUUUACCUGAGUCAUAUCAGACGUUUACGAAAUCAAUGAGUUCUACUGCGCUUCCGAAACUAGAGUCACCAAUAUCGUUGGCAACACCGAAGCCACACUUGACAAAUUUUCAAUUUAACAUUAAUGAAUUUAUGGCAAACCUAAAAGCAAGUGAUCUAGCCAGUUUAAGUCCGGCAGUAAAUCCAUUAAUCAAAUACUUUAAACAGGUAAGCAAUGAUGGAAGUGGCAAUGUGCGUAAUGCUUUGAUUCUUCGUCGGCCCGUAACCAGUACGGCAUCAGUCACAACUACCCGAUCCCCUCAGAAAACCAGACCAAUCGUGGCCAGUGAGCCAGUACUCGCAACCACUUUAGCAACGACCCGCAUAAUUAAAGGAUAUGAAAGCUUCGACAACAGCAUAAGAAUGCAUAAAUCAAAGGAAAAUGUAACAUCAACUACUCCCUUGCCCCGACUCAAAAAUAGUGGCUCUAGAACAACUACUACGGACACACCUGUUGAGUUUUAUGACGAGGACUAUGAUGAUGGAGUUGAUGAGGACAUACUGCCACCAUCACAAAUGCCUCCUUAUAUGCCCAUGUCCGAGACGAUGGCUCCACCCCGCCCGCAAGUGACUACUGAUAGAACGACUACUUCCAUGCCAGAAAAACAACAGCUUCAGACAGGAUUCAUGCAAGCAACAACAACUCGUCGACCUUUUCCUCAUUUUGCACAACACAACCAGCCUAUUCCAGGUGCUGGAGUUCCAGCUUUCAUCAGUUUUCCAAGCGACAUAUUCCAAGAACUGAAGCAACGACUACCCCAAUUGCAAGGGAAACCCUCAUCUGCCAACCAAAAUAUCCGUGUCCAUUUGACUAGCACUACCACAACAACAACGACAACGACACCUGCUCCAGCUAAAAUACGUCACACUGUGCGGCCGCAACGCACCCGCGGACAACAAAAGUGGCAAGCACACAUUGUGGAUACUUCAGUUGUAACAGAGCGCUCUCAAAAUCAAACCAACCAAGGGGCUGCUAAUGGCAAAGCCAGCAUAAGCUCUGGUAGCUUGGGCGGUCAGCACUUAAACUCGAUACACAGCUCCUCAAAUGUGGAUAGACAAAGAGUUGAUUCAUCCUCACCGUCAUCGCUAACGGCGCAGACAACCGAUAACAUAUUUGUACAACCCAGCUCACAAGCUCCACCGCCACAGUUAGAAUCCAAUCGUAACUACUACAAUACUACAUCCAUAUUCAAUCACGGGGUUGGCUACCAAACACCACAGCAGGCGCAACAACAACCGACACCAUUCCAACAACCGCAACAACAUCAGCAACAGCAACAGUCGCAUGCCUUAUCAAAUCCCUAUGAUUCAUCAUACUAUUCUGUUUACGAUGACGAAAUUGAUUUGUACAGGGAUAUUGAGUAUCAGCAACAGCAACAACCACAGCAACAACCACAGCAGGAACAACCUCAGCAAUACCAGCCUACUGUUCGCCAGCAACAACAACAACAACAACAAUCGACCUAUCGGCCCUUGGAGAUACUAACAACUUCAACGCCAACACAAAGGCCACAUUACAGUAAUCAGCCUGCAUUGAGCUACAACACGGACUACGAUGAUACCGAUGUCAAUGCGCAGAUUGAACAGGACAGUGUAUAUGAUCAUCCCACACGCACCCCGCAAAGGGCAGAGGAAGUGACCAUUCAGACUCUAGAUGGCCGGGCCAUUGCAUCGACAACUUCGAGUCCUGCAGUUACACAUGAUGCACGCAACUACUACGACGCAUUUACCACGGAAAAUAUGAGCUAUGAGGAGCCUGAUUUUAGCUAUUCCAGCUCAGCUGAGUAUGCCCAUAAUUCGCAAGAAGACUACUAUCAUAGUGAGCACGACUCAGAAGCGACUGUGCGUCAAAACAAACCAUCUAAAUCAGUGAACACAGGCGACUAUUAUUUGAUCGCCAAUGAUGUCGCAGAGUCGACAACACAAUUUAAAGUUGGACCAACUAAAAAAUAUACAACGACGCCACCAACGCCAGCCUUAAAGUCGACCUUAAAGUCAUUUCCGGUGACAAGCAGGAGUACAAGCAAAACUACCACAAUUACCACACAAACCACUACAAAGCCCCCCGUGAAAACAACAACACUGCAACCUUCAAGCUACAAAACGCAUGCAAAUAAAAGCAUUAAGCAAAAUGUCAUAAUCAAAUUAAAGACAACCACACCACCACCACCACGUUCCACACAUACACCCAGUUCAACAACCACUACGACCUCGACCACUACAAGUACAACGAUGCCAUCCCCUACCUAUAGUUCCAAUCCCUUUCUCAAAUCCCAGCUUCAAGUACUGGCUAAGUCUCUAGUUAGUGCUGUAAGUGAAAACAUCGAAAACCAAAAAAGCAAUAAUACACAGAAUACCUUGACACAAAACCGACCUACAGUUCCAUUCUAUCAAAUUAGCGAGAAGUGGUUGUUGGUAGGUGACAGUGCAAAUAGUAGUACUCGUGAGCUUCCAGAGACCAUUUAUGACGAAAGCCAGAAUGUGCAAGUGCAAACUGCAGAGAUUCCAACCAGUCGUGCGGUUGAAACAAGCACUUCUCCCAAGUUCCUAGAUUUCAUCAAUGCUGCGGCGUACGGAUCCAGUAACUCAGUCCGGCCUCCAACAGCGAAGCCUAUUAAACCAAUAUACUCUAAAGAGGCCACAUAUUCCAGCAAUAAUUUUGAAACAGACGAACCAAUUUCCGUAGAGCAAAAUCAAAACAAACGUAUACAAAACUUUGUACUCUCCGACAUAAAGCCCCAGAGUUUUAGGGCAAUAGCAAAGAGCAGAGCAGAAUCAUAUCCAGGCGAAUUAUUGGAUAGCUCAAGUACUAGAAGGCCUAACAAUGUUUAUCAAUAUAGCCUACAGAGCGGAUCGCACGGAUUUAGCUUGAAAGCGGAGCAAUCAUUGAAUAAAGAAAAUGAAUCCAUAUAUCAAGUUGACAAUAAUGAACGACUACAAAAGACAGACACAACAACAACUACCACUCCUAAGACAACAACAACUACGACUAUACCAACUCCAACAACCAAAUAUUUACCCCCUACACUAGCAUAUACAAAUACCGAGAGCUAUGAGGACAUAGUACCCACAACAUAUGCUCCGUUGCGAGUCUGGCGUAAUGGUCGUCCAACUAUUAAACAGGCCCUCAGUACCAAACAAGCAAUAAUGACCACAACAAGCGAAAGAGAACUUGCUAGUAUAAUAACCACAAGUAUCCCAACAAAAGCUGCGAUUAUCUCAACGUCAAGCACAGAGCGAGUCACUUCUGGACAAAGUUUUACGGCUCGUGCAAAUCUUUUUAAGGACAACCUUAGUCGUGUAACCAGCAACCCUUCAAUGCGAUUUGUGUCACCUUACAAAAGUCUUGAGAGCCUACUCCAUGAUGAACGAUUACCACAGAACAGUCUCAGAGCAACGACGAGAUCACGUAGUGGAAAUGGAUCGCCACCGUUUCUCCAAACCACGCCGAAGUCAAAUAAAAAUCCACUUUUUAUGAGCUUGCCUCAAAAGAACUCAAGCCAGACAAUUAUUGCUACCUUGACAACCGGAAAUGCACGUAAUUUUAGUAUUAGUGAUGCAAUUCUCAGCACUUUUAGUCCCCAAAAUCCUGUUCCAACAGUCAGUACUGUGGGCCGCGAAGCACCAAUAGCCAGGAGUUCUACUCCUACUUCAUCAAUUAAUAUUUCUACUAUAACGGAUACUGUAUUAAAAUCAACAAUUUCCACGUUAGUGACAUCAUCUCCUAUUCAAGUAACUGAAACUCCUGUGCGUCCCCGAGGACGGUCUCGAUACACAGCAGCUACCGUAAACUAUAAUUUAGAUAGCGUUGACGAGCCAACAACGUAUGCUCCAAAAUUCAAAAUACCCAAAAAUUCGGAUCUAAGAAGCUCAGCACCUAACCCAUAUCCUAGAAGAAAAGUUCAGAGGUCUCGAGUUGCAAACAGCCUGCGACAAACGCAGGCUGGCCCCACAGCGAAGUCUCAAGAGAAGUAUGAAAGCUUCAAAGCGACUCAGCAGGCUAAAGAGGUAGUCAAAAACUAUCAAGCCAUACCAAUUACUUCAGAACCAACGAAUAAACCUAAAAGUAAUCCUAUUGAAAAUGAGACCCAUUAUCAGAACUCACCUCGUGCUGAAGCAUUAAUUUCACAGCGCCCAUUUGAAGCUAAGCAUGGCAAUGAUAUAGAACUAAGCGUCAACACAGAACCAUCGCCUCUUAACAACGAUAUUUCUAGCUCGACGGAAAUUGUGAUUAUUACCGAUCGUCCUCCUGUCAAGUUUCUAUACUCGAAUAAGUAUCGACAGCAAACGGCGGAACGUACACUGGCUGAAAGUCUGCAGAACGCUGGCUAUAUAAAAACAGCAAAUGGUCGCACAAAGUUUCGUACUACUAAUGUAUUGGAACAAUUGCAACAAUUUCUUGCUGCUAGUGACAGUGAUGAAAGUGGAUCACCGCAGUUUGUCGAUGAAAAUGCUGCACCUGAGGUAACUGCUACCAUUGAUGAAAUUAAACAAAUCAACAGCUCAGAGAAAACUUCAGUGCCUAUGAGAUCGACUACGGCAUUGCCUGCACUGCUCCACUCCACUACUCGUGCUCCACAUUUGACAUCAAAACCAUAUCCCUCCAAAUUAUUCUCCCCCUCUUCCACGAUGAUCAUAUUAAGCACAGAACCGACCAUAAGACAACAAUCAAAUAUUAGCACCCCCGAAGUUAGUAGCGCACCUUCUACUCCAACUACAACAACAACCACAACCACAAUUGCCACUUCCUCUGAACCUAUAUUUGCUCCACCUACUCCUACUACACGAGUUUCGAGGGUUAACAAUGCCAUAAAAUCGUCGAUUGCCGCUGCUGCCGCUCAAUCAUCUAGCCCAGGCUCUACCUCCACAGCCUAUCAAAUGCCAGGGGGUAGAGUUAGCAAAUUCCAAUAUGCCAUCGCCCCCAACAAUAACAACAACCAACAUCAAUACAACAACAAUGGCGCUGUCGCUACCGCUGCCGUCUCGGUGAAGUGCUCCGACAGCACACUGAGCGCCAAGUGCAACGAAAUUCCCUCAAGAACCAAUAAUAGAAACCGCGGCAGUACUAUAUACACAAAUCAGGAUCGUGAUGCCGCCGCACCGCCCAACAGAGGAACUCACCCACCGCGAACGCGUCCGACGCUUAAGCCCUCUGGCACGAUAGUCUCAAAGGCUCAAGAGUUUGUAGACAUUUAUAGAUAUCCAGCAUCAAGACCGGAUCCUAUUUAUCCACAGCCUACGCCAGAUAAAACUGCAGCGAAAUGCCGCAAAGAUGUAUGUCUUUUGCCUGAUUGCUAUUGCGGUGGAAAGGAUAUACCUGGCGAACUUCCCGUUGAAAGCAUACCUCAAAUUGUACUAUUGACCUUUGAUGAUUCUGUUAACGACCUCAAUAAGCAAUUGUAUACGGAUCUUUUUGAGAAGGGGCGCGUUAACCCCAAUGGGUGUCCCAUAACUGCCACAUUCUACGUCUCUCAUGAAUGGACCGAUUAUAGCCAAGUACAAAAUCUAUACGCAGAUGGACAUGAAAUGGCUUCACACACAGUUUCCCACAGCUUUGGCGAGCAAUUCUCACAAAAGAAAUGGACUCGGGAAAUUGCUGGUCAGCGGGAAAUCUUAGCGGCUUAUGGUGGUGUAAAGCUUUCCGAUGUACGUGGAAUGCGUGCUCCUUUUCUUUCUGUCGGUGGUAACAAAAUGUACAAGAUGUUAUACGAUUCAAACUUUACAUACGACUCAUCAAUGCCGGUAUAUGAGAAUCGACCACCUUCCUGGCCAUAUACUUUGGACUACAAAAUCUUUCAUGAUUGUAUGAUACCACCAUGCCCAACUCGAAGCUAUCCAGGUGUUUGGCAGGUACCCAUGGUUAUGUGGCAAGAUUUGAAUGGUGGACGCUGCUCUAUGGGUGACGCCUGUUCGAAUCCCAGUGAUGCAGAGGGUGUAACAAAAAUGAUCAUGAAGAAUUUUGAACGACAUUAUACCACAAACAGGGCUCCCUUUGGAUUGUUUUACCAUGCCGCUUGGUUUACACAGCCGCAUCACAAAGAAGGUUUCAUUAAAUUUCUCGACAACAUUAAUGCCAUGCAAGACGUUUGGAUCAUAACUAAUUGGCAAGCUCUACAAUGGGUCCGAGACCCAACACCUACAUCACGUAUCAAUUCGUUCCAGCCAUUUCAAUGCGACUACUCGGACCGGCCGAAGCGUUGCAACAAUCCAAAAGUGUGCAACCUCUGGCAUAAAUCAGGCGUACGUUAUAUGAAAACAUGUCAACCCUGUCCCGAUAUCUACCCGUGGACUGGCAAAUCUGGUAUCCGCUCAUCACGCAUUGACAACGAGGUUGAGGAGCCACAACCGUAAAGUCUUAAAUUUUCAGUCUAAUCUGCCCGAUAGCAAAUUCCACGCGUAUAUGAGCAAUUCAUCUAUGCUGACAAAAUUGAAUUGGUACUCAGCACCAUUUUGUUAUUGACAGUAUGCCAAAAUACGGAUUCACUCGUUCUUCAUCUUUAAUACUCGUACACAAUAGCUAAUUAGUUGAAAAGCAGCAAUAAAUUGAAUUCGUUUUUUGGAGCAUGUUAUUUAAAAUUAUUUAUUCCCUUAUAUUAUGUGUACAUAUGUGUACUGUAUAUUCCUAUGGUUUGCUACUUAAAUGGAAUUUCUCUUAAGUAGUUUCAAAACGCAAUAUUAGCUUAAGUUACCUAUGUAAUGUUAGAUGCUAGAUCUAAGAACUAUUGAGAAGUAAAUUAUAUGUUAUGAUAUACAGUUGUAAAAUGUACACACAACAUUAAACCAUUGCCUUUUAGAAUAUUAUAAAUAGUUUGAUAACUCCAUUUGUCAGAAACUCUUAUAAAUUAAUUUUUUGUCAACUUUGGCAGUCACAUUUAUACUAUUUAAAUUUAAGUCCAAUUCACUUCUGAAUUGUGGUGAAGGUAUUAUAAACCAUUAAUUUAUGGGUAUUUAUAUCAACUUUUGAUUUUAUACUUUGCAUACCCACAAAAUAAUAAAUCAACCUUUUCAAAAUUGACCUCUGUACACUCAUCAACUUAGACAUACAUAUGUAUAUACAUACACACAUAAAUGCAUAUACAUAGCUAAUAUCACAUUCACUACAUUAAUUAAAAUCGCAUAGUAUAACUAUUUGCAUUUUAGCCGAAAACUAGAAAAAUGUAUGAAAGAAAUGGCAACUUAUUUUAUGAACAUAUAAGCAUAUGUACAUACUUAUCAUCAAAUAAUAUUAUUUUUGGCAAUAACUGAAAUCUAUAAAAAACACAAACAUAUUAAAAAAGAAAGCACAUCAACCAAGUCCUCAUAUACCCAGUCUAGCAAUUAGAUUAACAAGUAAGCUAUAUGUGAAUACUGUUACGAAAGUAUUAAGUGGAUUUGUAAUGCUGCAAACUUGAAAAGAGAUAUAAUUAGGUUAAAUGACUUCAUAAUUUAAGAACCUUCAUAUACAAUUUUUGUUUAGCCUAACACAGCGCUAAAAAAUCUAUUUAGCAACGAGUGAAUUGUGUAUUUUGUGCUACCAAUUAUAAAAUAAACGAGUACCAUUAAAUAUAUGUAAUAAAAUAAAA